AUGCCCCUAUACAUGCACCCGGAAUCCUUUUGCGAUAUCUGCAAGGACUCAUUCGAAUUGUUCUCCGGGGCCUCAUCACCGAAGGCUCCAUGUGCCUUAUCGUGUGGCCACGUCUUCUGUCGAGGUUGCCUGAUGCAUGUUCAGCCACACUUGAACCGCGGCUAUACCACGUCAAUACGCGACUGUCCGAUGUGUCGGGAACGUUACAGCCGAGACUGUUUGAAGCCCUUGAUGGUCUACACGUUACCGUUCACGAACGUCACACCCGGUGGUCACCGAGCUAGAGAAGACGCCAGCCAGCAGGGACAAGCGUCACGCGUCUUCUCUAGCCUCAAUGUCGGAGAUUGGAUGCGCAAAGGAAAGGGUUACGAGUCCAAAUACUCUUGA